AUGAGUCGAACAAAGAUUGUUCCUAUUGAGUCAUGUUAUGAACGUGGUCGUUGGGCAUGCUGGGAUUUCUACAACACGAAAUCUACGAAGCAGCAACGUGAACGUCAUACCUCACCAUUAUCGCUAUUCAGUAGCUCGAGUAACAGUUUACCCACAAAAUCAUUCAGAAGUACCUGUAAAUCAUCGAUGUUUUUACCAACUGAUAAUGUGCCACGUACAGCUCCUCCAAAUGACCAACAAUCUGUAAACUUCUCGUUUGAUUUCACGGACGAAUCCGAUAUUGAUAAUCAUCUUACAACAAAAGCGGUUUGUUUUUAA